CCCUCCUACCCCUUCAAGGAAUCGGAUAUUUAACCUUUACAUUAGUUAGGGUCUUCCCUGUGGAUCCUAAUUACCCAUUACUUUAUCACCAGCAGUGUUAUAUUACCCUUAUUAUAUAAACGUAUCCCCAAAUUCCACCCUGACCUAUCUGCCCAUCUCUGCUGUUCCUGGACUUUACCUACCCCUCUCCUAUUUAACCCUUUGGCCCCCAUCGCCUAUCUCACUUUUCUUCCUCCUCCUCCUCGUCUGCAUGGUGAUGACACGGCUCCGGUAGGAGGGAGCGGAGGAGGCGGUGCCGCAGCCCCUGCACCGGACUCUGCCUGGCCGGCAGUGUGAUGGAGAGCAGCCCGGUGUGCGGGGGCCAGGCUGCCCGGUGAUGGAGCUGUCCGGAUGGCCAAGGCGAGCAGCAGCAGCGGGGGGAUCGCAGAGGGGAGCGGGGAGCUGUCCCUGGAGCAGGUGCUGAAAUCCUACGAGCAGCCCAUCAAUGAGGAGCAGGCGUGGGCCGUGUGCUACCAGUGCUCCCGGGGUCUGGCCGGAGACGGCCCGAUCUCUGCAUGCCGGAUAAGGGACCCGUCCUCCCUCCUCUUACACCGGGAUGGGACGGUUACCGUGGUACCGGAGCCCCCGGACACUCCGGGCGCUGCUCCGAGUUCUUCGCUCUCGGAAAGCCAGAUGGUCCAAUGUCUGGGUUUUGCCAUAUACCGUGCCUUGGACUGGGGCCUGGAUGAGAGUGAAGAGAGGGAGCUCAGUCCUCAGCUGGAGCAACUCAUUGACCUUAUGGUCAACAGUGACUCAGAAGGAGGCCUGACCGACGAGGGCUACGAGGACCCUGAGGAUGAGGAUGAAGAAGGACCCCCUCGGGUAAUCCGUAGCUUUGCGUCAGUGCUGCAUUUCUGUGCGUCCCGUCUUCCUGAGCCUCAUGAGGCGCAGGCUCACUAUCAGGCUGUGUGCAGGGCUCUCUUUGCGGAGACUGUGGAGCUUAAAGCGUUCCUGAAGAAGAUCAGAGAGGCUAAAGAGGUGCUGAAGAAGCUGCGUGUGGAGGAGUCAGAACCUGAUGGACUCGUAAACCUUCAGAACACAGACUGGGCACGCUUGUGGGUGCAGCUGAUGAGGGAUCUGCGACAUGGCGUCCAAUUGAAGAAGGUUCGAGAGAACACUUUCAACUCUUUGCCAACGGAAUAUCAGCUCACUCCCUUUGAGAUGCUCAUGCAGGACAUCAGGGCUCGAAACUACAAGCUUCGCAAGGUCAUGGUAGGAGGGGACAUUCCACCAAAGGUUAAGAAAGAUGCCCACGAACUCAUCCUGGACUUCAUUAGGUCACGUCCUCCUUUAAAACCGGUUUCUCAUAGAAAUCUUCCACCAUUGCCCCUGCAACAAAGGAGCCUCCACGAGAAGAUCCUGGAGGAGAUAAAGCAAGAGCCUAAACUGCGCCCAGUGACGACACCGAGACAGGGGCAGAAAGGCUUUGGGUCUCUUCCAUGUAUUGUGGAUGCAUAUUCUAGCGACGUGAAGUCAACGUCCUGUAUAAACCUCUCCGCACCAGAAUCCUCGCUCCCCAGGCCGCGUCCUCGUGUCUUACUGAAGGCUCCUACCUUGGCAGAGAUGGAGGAGAUGAAUCUGUCUGAGGAGGAUGAUUCCCCCAGUUCUGAUCUCCGAAGGGUGACAAGUGCUCCUCUUCCGCUUAAACGGGACCGUUCCUUCUCCGAGCAUGACCUGGCACAGUUACAGACUGAGAUGGGUCACACUCCACCGAAGGGGACGUACAACAGUCCUCAAGACCUGGCAGCAAGGGGAAGGUCGGGCAGCAUGAACACCCACCCGCACCUUCCAAACAGGAGUCUGAUAGGUUACUCGGCUUCUGGAGUUUCAGCCGCCUUGCCGCGGGGGUCCCUUAGCUCUGUGCAGGAGAAGGUAGAACCAGAAUCGGCUUCAGAUGGCAGCUCGAGGCACCGAUGGCUGGAGUUCAGCCACCCCGUGGACACGCUGGCCUUAACGGUGGAGGAAGUUAUAAACGUGCGCAGGGUGCUGGUGAAGGCGGAGAUGGAGAAAUUCCUGCCAAGCAAAGAGCUGUACACCAAUUUAAAGAAAGGGAAGGUGUGCUGCUGCUGUCGGAUGAAGUUUCCUCUGUUUUCCUGGCCAGCGACUUGUCUUUUCUGCAAAAGGUCUGUCUGUGGCUCGUGUAACGUGAAGAUGAAGCUUCCCGCAAAAAAGUUGGGCCACAUUCCAGUCUAUACCGUAGGGUUUGAAACCCAUCAAGGACUUAUCAGCACAAAUGGAAGUCACCCUUCCAAAAAGAAGGAUGCAUUUCAGUCUUGCAGUGGAAUGUCCUGGAAGAAUGUAGAAGCUCAGUUUUCCCAUAUCUACGCUCAGGGCUCGGUUCUAAAAGACGUGUGCUCCGAUUGCGCAGGCUUCAUCAGAGAUGUGGUCUGCUCCAGCCGGAAGAGCGUGGAUCUGCUCAACAAGGGGUGCAGGGCUGGCGUGGCAUCAGGACACGGCCGAACUGGACGAAAACUGUAAACUGGCUAAAACCCAAAUGCACCUUCCCUGCCAAAAAACAAACCCCCAGCA